CAUAUAAUCGCGAUUACCGUUCACGAAUCCUAAUCAACGUCCGAAGAGGAUCGUUCGUCGUGCAGAUCGCGAGUAUAGAACGUCGCCCAGACAAUCGCGAGGCGAAGCUCGAGUGGUUGCACGCGCGUACACCUUGAAGUUCGUCGAACGUGCUUUCGAUCCGGCUCGGAUCGAAAGGAAGCGUGAGAAGGAAGGAGAUUUUAUGAGACGCCACGACGAAUUUCGACGCGUAGUGAAAUCGUGCAAGGCACCCAGUGCGCGUCGACGUGGUGCUCGUACGAUGUGACUCACCGGCGUACGUCGUGCGCUCGAGUUUUACCCAACUGUGCGACGCGUUCCUUUCGCUUGGAGCGAGCACACGAUCGGGUGCCCGAUAAACCGCUCGAACACGAUCGUUCACCGCGGCGAGAUCGAUCCCGGGUCGUCGGAUGACCUUAAGUUUCCUGGUGAGUGCAUCCUCACAUACAUGGAGUUUCAGCUGGAUAGUGCAGAAUACUGCCAGGCUCAACACAAAUAGAGAGACACGCCCGAGCAUCUUAGAACCUGCUAAGCACUGUUGAAGAAGAGGGGAUCGAAAACAUCUUUGAUUGGGCAAAAGAAACAAAAAGAAAAAGGAAUUUUAUGAUAUAUCGGGAUCAUUGCCUCGAAGUCAGAGAAUCAAUUAGCUAGUCAUCGCGCGGAACGUAGGAAGAAUUAAAUAGUAUCAAUUGUUAAUUUACCGUAUUAGAUGCGAGCAUCGUAGUUACUGAGCGCACCUGAUCCAGGCGCAGCCAGUGCCAAAUAGAUAAUCUUCCGAAUCGUAGUGAAGAAUCCCGAGUGGGACUCGGUCGCAUAUCAACAACGCCUAAUGUAACGUAGUCCUCUCCCCUUCGAAGGAAUCCGCACCUUGACAAAACUUCUCGAGGUCUACAUGUGAACCCAUUGUUCUGUCCUCUGUAAAAAAAUAACAAAAUAUUCAAUUAGUUAAAUGAGAAACAACUUUAUAAGACUGACACCUAUGGGCUAAGUUGUCAAAAUCCAGCCUUUGUCGCUUCGUAUAGUGUGGCACAUCGCAGAAAAUAAGAAGGUAAAGUGAAACGGUCGACGUACAGAAUCCUUGGAGACGUGAGAAGUUAGAGCGAUCCACAGGGAAAGUAGGAGUUCUUUUUCUCUCGCCGUGCAAAAGGAAAUGAGCAACAUGAGGGUGAAGGACAUAAGACCAGAGCCCGCCGAGAUCGAAUACAAAAACAUGAAGUUCCUCAUUACUGAUCGGCCCAAUGAUCAGACCAUUCAUACUUUCAUUCAAGAAUUAAAAAAGCACAAUGUCAAAGAAGUAGUGAGGGUCUGUGAACCAACGUACAAAGUUGAGGAACUCAAAGCUGAAGGGAUCAACGUGAUAGAUCUGGUCUUCGACGAUGGCACCUUCCCACCGAACGAAGUGAUCGACGAAUGGUUUGAACUACUGAAGAACCGAUUCCGUGAGUCGCCUGAUGCGUGCGUGGCGGUACAUUGCGUCGCGGGGCUCGGCAGAGCACCGGUUUUGGUCGCUCUGGCUCUCAUCGAGCUCGGACUCAAGUACGAGGACGCAGUCGCAUUGAUCAGGGACAAAAGACGAGGCGCCAUCAACUCGAAGCAGCUGGCCUAUCUUGAAAAGUAUCGUCCCAAGUCUCGGUUGAAGCUCAAGAAUGGACAGAAGAACUCCUGUUGCGUCCAAUAGAUCAAACGAUUUCUUUGAAAAGUUACUAAUUCAUACUGAUUGGUACAUACCUAAGUGUAUAGGUCUUCGCGCCUGGUAACAAGAGACACUGUAUCGACUCUGUUCUGAAAGGCCUAUCAAUGGAAAUGCAACCGAACGACUUUACCAGACGAUUUUAAAUUGCAUGUUUUGCACUGUCCGAUUCUCCCGCGUAAACCGUAAACUGGUUUCAAGGAAAGUACCGAUCGCUUCACGAUCGUUUCCACUCUUCUUUCAUGGAAUUUUUAUAUUUAUUUUUGAUACUAAAUUAACACCGAACGCCGUAGAACAGGCAUAAAAAGGUCGUCGUGGUAAAGAUGGUUAAUAGAAUUCGAACGGACCUGAUCGUUUGUACGACGAACGAUGAAACGAACAGAGGAUCGGCAUGUGCGUUUUACAAUGUUACUACUCGGGGUGCCUCGUUUCAGCGCAUACAAGUAUUUUCGAAGGCUGCAUUUACUUGGUCCAAUUGAACACGCGAUACGUUGCUUGAAUUAAUCUUUUGAACGUCGGUCGAUAUGUUAUUUAUGCGAGGUUGAAGGGGGGGCACCUUUGGAUCAGCGGUAUUUUUGACAAAGUGAACGGUUCCUUUGGUACUGCGAUUGUACCUAAUCGUCGUCGAACUUAGGCUAUUUAGAAAAAUUAGUGCAAUAAAGAAAACAGGAAGUUAAGUUUUCCACGAUAAUUGAACACACGAAACGAUUGAUAAUGGUCUUUGAACAUUGGCUUUCGUCUCGCACCGAGUCUCGAGGAUGUUUCGCGCAUAACGAGAAAAAUCGACUCGUGUCGUCCUUGUUUUCGAUCGUUACACGAUGAUCGUUUGAAACAAAUCUUUUCCUGAACGGAGCCUGGCGCUGUUCACAUUUGUAUGAUAGUUAAUCAAUUUGACUGAGUUUCGCGAACUUAGAUAACGUGCUGUGAUCAACGGUCGUUGAACCAGUGUCCGCUGUUUUCCAUUUUAUACCGAUCAACCGUAAAGUUAAAUUUGAUACAGAUUAUUAGCGAUCCACGUGAAACUUGCACGUAUUUUCAUGUAUUUACCUCCUACACUUGUGAAAGACGAUUUGUACAAAAUAUGUGAAACACGAUAAGGGUCUACAAGCACGUUCGGACGUCGAUCUUCGAAUACGAACACGGAUACGGAACGUCAGGUGGGAGAAACAAUUGCGUUGCAUUUCCAAUGGCAUGCCGAAUCGAUGAGUGUUCUUAACUCUUACUGGACUUGGAAUCUGCGUUAACUUGAAAUAACGAAAUAUUGCGAGAAACAAAGCGAGGAAAAGAAAGAAGAAAAAGAAAAAUCACUCCAGAGUUAUAUAUCACUUUUAUCGUAGCUUAACGGCAAUUUCACCAAAAUUUUUUUAAACAACACGAAACAUCUGCUUUUAUUCGAUAAAUUUUAAAAGGCUGCAUACGCGUUUUGUGUGAAGCAUAUAUUCUAAUCGUACCAACGAUUUUGGUAAAAUUGUCGGUGAUGCUGUACGCCACACUAAACUGUGUUCAAAAGAUAGAGAAAAAAAAUUCACUCCUAAAAUAAUGAAUGUAAUACUUAGAAUCAUUUCACGUGUCUGCCGAUUCAACGUGAAUGUACGUACUUUCUGUACGUAUCACGAUACGUGAAUUACGUUUACGAGAUCGUUUCCUCGUGCUCCGCGUUGAACGCUGUCGCGUACAGGAGAGUGAUUACCUUUUACGUAUUUUUCUCGUCUUCGUUUUCGUGAUCAACGAUCAACGAUCAAUGAUUCAGAACGACGUUUUCCCGCGAUACCGUCGGCUAACAAUGAAUUCAAUUGCCGCGAGGCGUUCGUCCGUUUUGUGCAUAAUUUUUAAGUGUCCGUCGUACAUUCACUGUGAUCGCAGACUCGGAAUGAAGUUCGAAACCUGGUACAGCUCCUUUUUUGUAAUGUUAAAAAAACUGCAAUAUUUUUUACCAGAGGAUGGGACGAGGGAUGUUCGUAAAAAAAAAAAUGAGAAUUAAUCGAACCUUAGACCCGAAGUUGAAUAAUUUUUUCUAAUUGUUCAAUUUUUUUUCAAUUCUCUUUCCUUAGAUAAUUUUUUUAAUAACCGUCACGAUCGGUGAACCGUUCUUUCUCUUUCCCCUCUCUCAAGGUUCAUUCUUCAUCUUCGAUUCAUUUCUGUUUUUAAAACAUUGAUACUUGAGGUGUGUCUCCUCUCGGCGAUUCGUCGCCGAGAUGGGUCGCCGACCAAUAAUUCUUAUCGUAUGAAAUUUGAUUUUGUUCGAUUCACUUCUUCAAGCGGUGAUACUUCGUACCGAAGUAGUCGUAAUACGUGAGUGAACAAUUUUUAUCUGUGAUACGUUUCUUGCUAGAGAAGAGUCGUCGAAAAAUUAGAUGGGACUGAUGAUCGGGCUUUUCGAGAGCUACCCAUGAAAAUGACGAUUGAAAGAACAUCUUCAUGGUCGAGGAAGAAUCGCAGCCCGCAUUUUCGAAUCAAAUAGUAAAUGGGCAUUCGUAGAUCUUAUUUAAAAUUGUAUCUAGGCACGUAAUUCGAUCUGAAAGUCGACUAUUCCGAGUACUCACAGAGUAUUGAAAUUUAAAGAACAAUGAAGGUAAACUUUCGUUCUCGAAGAAUUGAAUCGAAACGUUCUGUAAAAUUUAAUUUUCUUGUCAGAAAUUCAAAUUGAAAACGGCCGAAAAAAUGGACGGAGUAUAAUUCUUUUUCAAUUGCCAUGUAUUUAAAAAUGAUGAUGAUGUGAAAACAAAUCGAUUUAUACGAUAUAAUUGUAUUUUAAGUUUAAAAUAAGUGUUCCAGUUUGUUUUAUGAAUAUUGAAAACGCAGGAACAACUUAGAUAGCGAAAAAUCCUCUAUUUUGAACCGACGUAAUGAAGUAAGAACAGUCACUCCUUUCGAAUCGAUUAUACAAAAAGAAGAAACUAAAUAAAUGAAUUUAACGAGUUAGCGCAAUGGAAAA